AUGAACAGCUGGUAUCCAUCCGGCCCACAACGGGCUGCCGCGCGCGAUGACCUGAAACUGGACGAGAACUCGUCCGUCCAGUUGAGCCUUUCGAUCAAUUCAUUGGUCAGCUUGAUUCUGAGUUGCUUCCCGAAAGUUCACUGGCCGUAUUCAAUAAUGGACUUCAUGUCGUUGUUGGAUACGGCGAAUAAGAACAUUAAAAAUGACUCGAAAAAGUUGGAUGAGGUGAAAACUGACUUGGACCAUGAGCGGCGUGCUGAACUGAAACGAAUAGAAGCUGAAAAGCGGGAGAAGAUGGAAAUGCUUAAACGAAAGAAAGCAACUUUACCGCCGAAACCCGUCCAGGAGGAGAAGAAGUUCACUAUCCCUAAGAAAAGUAAGGAGAAAUCUGAAGAGGAUAAAGCGAAAAUUCUUGCAUACAUGGAAAAGAAAGCUGAAGAAGAACGUCAGCUUCUGAAGAAAAAACAAGCCGAGAAGGAAAAACUUAUCCAGCUACGCUUGCAAGCGCAUGGUGGAAAGGAAGAAUGUGAACAACUUGCGGACAAGUACAGGAAUGGAGUGUACAAGGCUCUUGCACAGAAGAGGAAAAUCGAUGAAAAAGUCGGUUUUUCUAAUGUGAUGAGAGCUUCUGGUGCCCUAAGUAACAGAGAACCACAUCGAAUUGCCACGAGUAAAUCUAAUAGUCUUAUGGGACUGUCGAGCCGUCAUCAGGCUAGUCGCGAUAGCUUUUCACCUCCUCGCGAAAAUACAAAGCAAAAACCACCACCAGUACCAGAAGUGAAGAAACCAAAACUUGCGCCAGCGGUGGAUUUCAGCACGCUAAUGAAAGCAGCGCAAGACAUUGCAGAAGGAAAGAAAACCAAUAUUGAUCUUGAUCGAACUCAACCCAAAAAGCCCUCAGUUGAUCAAAGGUUGGUAAAGGGCCAUGACAUUUUUUGGAGUUCUGUGUAACG